UCAGUGACCAAGUGGUGCAAGAAGCUGUAGCAGGAGAUGAUUGUGUGUGUCAACGCUGAGGUUUUGUCAUCUGAAACAGAGUUGGGAUUAGCACUUCAGGAAGAAGACGACUUCCAUACGGAUUUCAGUCAAAGACGGCUGAUGAAUACUUGGAUGGAUUGUGCUAUGAAGUCUCUCAGCCUUCUGACUCCAUCCACCUUCUCAAAGGUUGUAACAUCGAGUGUCUCAGCCAGCGCCUCCAUGACCCAGCAUCUCCUCACGGGUCGAGCUGCUCGGCCAAAGCCCUUCAGAGUCACGAACGCAGACCGCAGUGUGAAGAAGGGUAUUAUGGCAGAGGCACUGUUAGACUUGAUGAACAAGGUCAGUGACUCGUUUGAUUUACAGUGUGCCAGUGCACUAGUUCUGGAUGAGGAUGGCACCGGUGUGGACACAGAGGAGUUCUUCCUAACGCUGCCAGAGAACACUGUUCUCAUGGUUCUGGAGAAGGGACAGAAAUGGACCCUACAUCCCAACAGUCUCUCCAGGUAUCAGCCCAUUGAGCGCCGGCAGUAUCGUACAGAUGUGGCUAAGCUGACUCUUGACCUCUACAAAAACAACCCCAAGGAUUUCAUUGGCUGCCUGAAUGUGAAAGCAACCCUGUACGGCGCUUACUCCGUGUCCUACGACCUGCGCUGUUACGCCGCCAAAAAGAUGCUGAAGGAAGCUCUGCGAUGGACCAUCUUCUCCAUGCAGGCCACUGGCCACAUUCUGCUGGGAUCAUCCUGCUACAUUGAGCAUCUGCUGGAAGAAGAGGAGCAAGCUGAGAAAAGCCUGGUACUUCCACAGGAGAGCAGGAUCAGGCAGCUGCAGAGCAUGCUGCUGGGAAGGAUCACCCACAGAUGAUGGGCUAAUAACAGUGGAGUGGACAUGCCAUCUUCUCCUAGAUUUAGGUCACAGUGUGGAUGUCACAGAUGAAACUGGUUGGCAGUCUGUACUUAUCGGCUUCCAGUAUAGUUUAAUGUGUCAUAUUGCCAACAACAGUUGCUUUUUCAAUGCCACUUUUUUGUUCUGUUACAUGUCUUUACUUUAUUAAUGCAGAAGCCAACAUUAGAAUGCACUUUUACUCACUGCUUUAACUUUUUCCUGUGGAAACAUAAUAAAUAUAAAGUAAUGUAUUUUA